AUGCUCUACAUUUCAAUGCUAGGUUAUGAUGUUGAUUUUGGUCAUAUGGAAGCUGUUUCUUUAAUAUCUGCACCAAAGUAUCCUGAAAAGCAGGUUGGCUAUACAGUGACAUCUUGUCUUCUCAAUGAGAAUCACGAUUAUCUGAGAUUAGCAAUUAAUACUGUUGGCUAUAUAGUGACAUCUUGUCUUCUCAAUGAGAAUCAUGAUUUUCUGAGAUUGGCAAUUAAUACUGUGCGCAAUGACAUCAUUGGUCGCAAUGAGACUUUUCAGUGUCUUACUGUAACAUUGGUAGGCAAUAUUGGUGGGAGAGAAUUCGCUGAAUCUCUGGCUCCUGAUGUUCAAAAGUUACUUAUUUCUAGUAGCUGCAGGCCUCUUGUGAGGAAGAAGGCUGCUCUAUGUCUCCUUCGCCUUUAUAGAGAAAACCCUGAUGUGGUGAAUGUAGAUGGCCGGUCGGAUAGGAUGGCACAGUUGUUAGAUGAACGUGAUUUGGGUGUUUUGACUUCCUCUAUGAGUCUUCUAGUUGCUUUAGUGUCCAACAACCAUGAGGCAUACUGGAGUUGUCUUCCAAAGUGUGUUAAAGUAUUGGAAAGGCUUGCCAGAAACCAAGAUGUUCCGCAAGAAUACACUUAUUAUGGUAUUCCAUCUCCCUGGUUUGUGCUUAUCUUGGUUAAGACAAUGAGGGCUCUUCAGUAUUUUCCAACCAUUGAAGAUCCAAAUACUAUAAGAUCAUUGUUUGAGGUUCUACAAAGAAUACUAAUGGGUACCGAUGUUGUGAAGAAUGUGAAUAAGAACAAUGCAUCACAUGCUGUUCUUUUUGAAGCUCUUGCUCUUGUUAUGCAUCUUGAUGCUGAAAAAGAAAUGAUGUCUCAGUGUGUCGCAUUGCUUGGUAAAUUUAUAGCUGUUCGUGAACCUAAUAUAAGAUACCUUGGUUUGUUCGGUGUUGAUGUGAUGCAGGAGAACAUGACUCGUAUGUUGAUGGUCACAGACUAUCUCAGCUCAGCUGAUUUUGCAAUGCAGGAAGAAUUGUCACUUAAAGCUGUUAUUCUUGCGGAGAAAUUUUCCCCUGACUUGUAUGUGGAUGUGAUUCUUCAGUUGAUCGACAAGGCGGGAGAUUUUGUCAGUGAUGACAUUUGGUUUCGUGUAGUUCAAUUUGUGACAAACAACGAGGAUUUACAGGCUUAUGCAGCUCUCAAAGCCAGAGAGUAUCUUGAUAAACCUGCUAUUCACGAGACCAUGGUGAAGGUGUGUGACAUUCUCUUCAUUGUCCUAAUAUAUGAACGUCUUGGUUGCAACCCCAAGGAAAUUUUCCAAAUCAUACACGAGAAGCUUCCCACUGUCUCGUAUGAGAGUUGUAUUGAUGCCGAAAUACAACAACGCGCUGUUGAAUAUCAUGCUUUGAGUUUGAAAGGUGCUGCUCUAAUGGAUAUACUACUUAAAUGCCGAAGUUCCCUGAAAGACAGGUUUUCCUCAUUGAUAAAGAAGGCUGAUGAUUCUGAAGCUGAUACUGCCGAACAAAGCGCAAUUAAGUUGCGGGCCCAGCAGCAGAGUUCUAGUGCUUUGGUAGUGUCAGAUCAGCGGCCAGCAAAUGGGGCAGCACCAGUGAGCCAGCUUAGUCUUGUGAAGGUGCCUUCCGUGAGUAAUGCGGAUCAGAACUCUACUGAACAGGGAUUGGCAAAUGCAAAUGGAGCUUUGACAGUAAUGGAUCCUGAACCUCCUAGCAUGCUUUCUCCUGAUCUACUUGGAGAUCUUUUAGGGCCGCUGGCUAUGGAAGGCCCACUAGACACUGCUCCUCAAUCUGAGUCGAGGGCUGCUUCUGGCUUGCAAGUUGGUGCCAACCAAGAUGCAUUCGCCAUUGCAACCGUCGAGGAGCAAGCUUAUACUGUCCAGAUUGGCAUUAAAUCCGAGUGGCAAGCGCAUCAUGGGCGAGUUGUUCUCUUUUUAGGAAAUAAGAACACUGCUUCUCUCGUUUCAGUUCAGGCUCUCAUAUUGCCCCCAUUACAUCUAAAGAUGGAGCUCUCCUUAGUACCUGAGACUAUUCCUCCAAGGGCACAGGCAAGAAUAGAAACAGACCCAGCUGAUAGAACACAAUUGCGGAUGACCAUUGCAUCAGGAGAUCCUACUCUAACAUUUGAAUUAAAAGAGUUUAUUAAAGAACAAUUAGUGAGCAUCCCAUUUCCUUCUCGAGCACCUGUGGCCAUACCUCCUCAAGCCCAACCGACCAGUCCACCUUCGGCAGUAACAGAUCCUGUGGCUAUUCUGGCCAGUUUGCUUUGA